UGUUUUAAUUUUUGAAUCUCUGGAGUCUGGAGGUUGGUUCAGUUACCAAUAUUAACGGCGGAAAAAAAGAAAUCAAAUUCUUUUCUUUUCUUUUCUUUUCAUCCAAACAGCUACAUUUAUCGGUAGACUCAUCGAAGCUAAUUAGACAAAAGAAGAAGAAGAAGAGGAAGAAGAAGAAAAUGACUGUCAUUGAUAUAUUGACCAGAGUAGAUGUGAUCUGUAAGAAGUACGACAAAUACGACGUCGAAAAGCAGCGAGACCAAAAUAUCUCCGGCGACGAUGCCUUUGCUCGCCAAUACGCUGCUAUUGAAGCCGACAUUGAAUCCGCUCUUCAAAAAGCGGAGCUUGUUUCCAAGGAGAAAAGUAAGGCAUCUGCUGUUGCGGUGAAUGCUGAGAUUCGUCGAACCAAGGCUCGAUUGCUUGAGGAGGUCCCUAAACUGCAGAGGUUGGCUGUUAAGAAGGUUAAAGGGAUUUCAACCGAAGAGAUGACUGCUCGUAGUGAUCUGGUCCUCGCAUUGCCGGAUAGGAUUCAAGCUAUACCUGAUGGAACUGCUGCUCCUAAAACUGGAGGCUGGAUGUCUUCAACACCUUCAGCUUCUCGUACUGAAAUUAAGUUUGACUCAGAUGGGCGAUUUGAUAAUGAAUACUUUCAAGAAUCUGAGCAGUCAAGUCAAUUCAGGCAGGAGUAUGAAAUGCGAAGAAUGAAGCAGGACCAAGGUUUAGAUAUGAUUUCAGAAGGUUUGGAUACUUUAAAGAACAUGGCUCAUGAUAUGAAUGAGGAAUUGGAUAGGCAAGUUCCUUUGAUGGAUGAAAUUGAAACCAAGGUGGAUAAGGCAGCUGGUGACCUAAAGAAUACCAAUGUCAGACUUAAACACACUGUCACUCAGCUGAGAUCCAGCCGAAAUUUCUGCAUCGAUAUUGUCUUAUUAUGCAUAGUUUUGGGAAUUGCUGCCUAUUUAUACAAUGUUUUGAAGAAAUGAAGCGAUAAAAGGAUAAGUCGAUCCUUUCCCUUAUGUGCUGUCAUCUUUUCUUGCAUUGUCUUCCAUCUUGAGGGCUUGCUAAGGUGGUCGAUCUCGUAUUUGAUUUGUUUCUUUUGUGGGAAUCAUUUGUCACACUGGCAUAAUGUGAGUUUAUCUUUCUAUAUAAAUUCGACAACCGUAAAAUGUCUAUAUAUUAUGUGAUUUACAGAGAUGCAUUAUCACAUUAUUUUAAAAUGAUACUAAUGCUUUCAUUGCUCUUCAUCCAGAUAUGGACAUUGUUAUCAUACUCUGGAAAAAUUAUAUAGUGCAUUGUUUUGUGUA